AUGAGCAACAUAUCAACGACCACAACUGACCCACUUGUACUUAAUUUAAAUACUGCUCGCGCUGGUAUUCAGCGCUAUGGACAAUCCACUCUCUUUGCGAUUGGAAUGCUUGGUGGUAUUCUGAAUAUUCUCAUUUUUCUUCGACCAUCAAUGAGACAAAACUCAUGUGCUAUCUACUUUCAUGCGAGUUCAUGGGCGAAUAUAUUUUGUUUAUGUUGGGGUGUCUUGGCGAGUAUGCUGGCUUUCAUGACGAACAAUAAUCCUGCUUCGUACAAUGUUUUCUAUUGUAAAUUUCGUUUCUAUAUGAUCAAUUUCGCUCAAUUCGCAAGUCGCGCAUUCAUAAUUCUUGCAUGUUUAGACCGCUUCUUUCUUUGCUCAGCAUCAGUUCGUCAUCGACAACUAUGUCGGGCAAGAGUUGCAAAGAAAGUAGUCGUGUUGGUGACGUUUAUAAGUGGGUGUCUUGCGAUAUAUGUGUUAAUUACAUAUGCACCUACAAAGGGACCUCUCCCAUGUAUGGCGACGACACUAGGUGCCCGUAUAUAUGAAACGACGAGUUUUUGGUUAUUUACAUUCGUAAUUCCAGUUCUAUCAAUGAGUACGCUGAGUUGGUUGACCAUAAAGCGUUUGAAACAAAAUGCCAAACGAGUGGGACGCGAGAAAAUAACUAUUGCUGGCAAAGAUAUGCAACUGACUGGAAUGCUUGUUGCCCAAGUUUUUCUUUAUUUCUUAACAAAUCUACCGUAUGUGUCUUACGUUUUGUAUGGAGCAUUAACUGAAAACGUGCCAACAUCGAGCAAAUCACAACUUCGAAUAUCUGUAGAGUCGUUUCUCAAUACACUUUUGGCAAGUUUCUUUUACUACUGCUACAACGGAUGGUCAUUUUUGGUAUAUACUUUGACGGCACCGAGUUUUCGUCGGGAACUAAUUUUUGUUCUACUUCCUCGGUACUGGAAACGAGGAACUCAACGAAACACACGACACACAACCUAUCACUCCAACCGUAUCGUGCCAACGAAUAUCUAG